AUUUUUCUAGUUUGUAUUUAGCAAAAUUUAUUGGUUUGUUAAAAAAAUCGCACAGCCUAGAAAAAAUUUGAACAGUGCGCCCUAAAAGCAACAGGCGCCAGGGGUUUUAAAAAAAGCCAAAUAGAUAAGUUGAUUGAUACAUACAUAGCGACAACACUUUUCCAGUUGUAUGCAGUUAUUAAUAACCAUUACCUUACUCUUUCUACUCAGUUUUUCGUUCAUAAAUUUUUCCGAAAAGGGAGGCACGUUUCACGAGACUUCAUUCUUGCGAAGUUGGCAGGAAGACUUCGUCAAAGAGAACCAAAUGAUGCCAAGGGGGGGACCCGAUUUUCAAUCUGGGUUCAAUUUGUAUAGACGACUUCUCUUACUUCAGCUUUUAACAGGUGCAAAAAUGAGCGUCCUCGUUGUACUAUUGACCUUCACGACUGCAGUACUGAGUUCACCAUCAGCUAAAAAGGGCCACUCAACUUUCAUUCAAACUGAGGAAGGUUAUUACCUAACCGGUCAUGUCAUAGAUCGUCAGAAGGCAUCCAGUGCUUUAUCCUGCGCUCAUCUCUGCUUGAGAAGCCGUCCACUAUGCCGCUCAGUAAAUUAUAGGGAAAUAAAAGGAAACAUGAUUUGUGAAUUGAACGAUGACGGAACAGACAGUGCUAAGGCUAACGCGCCGUCCCUUGUACCAAUGCCUGGAUAUGUCUUUGGCCAGAUGCUUGAUCUUACGGUCAGUAAAACCUGCAUCUCAGGCAAAACCUUUGUUUUCUCAACACUGGGAGCCAGAGGAGAAACUGGGCCGACUAACACAUUGGGGUAUGUAGGAACACCGUUAGAAGGCCAUGUCACUGUAAGCGAUGGCAUCCAAAUUUGGAGUGUUCCCGAGACCGGAAGCUACGUCAUCGAAGUAUUUGGUGCUUCUGGCGCUAAUGGAACAUAUGUCGAGGAUAAAAGUUCAUGGAGGACCGGUGGUUUAGGAGCCAGAAUGACAGGAACCUUUCAGCUUCAGAAAGGAACUCAGCUUAAAAUACUAGUAGGGCAGGAGGGUAAUCGUACUACGGACCCUUACCUUCGUGAAAGGCCAGGGGGUGGGGGCGGGGGCAGUUUUGUGACUUUCCCUGACGACACUCCACUGAUAAUUGCUGGUGGAGGAGGGGGUGGGGGAAUACCGAGGGAACAAUUUAAAAACGGUGAUCCGGGUCAGUCAACAGAGAAUGGUGGCAGGUGUGGAGGGGCAGGAGGGUAUGGUGGAAAUCUCUGUAAUGCUGACACAGGAAUGGUUGAUCUCCAGAUCCCUGGGGGAGGAGGAGCAGGACUGUUAGGGAACGGAGGAGGAAAACGGGGCUUUUCAGUACGUUUCAUCCACGGUGGAACUGGAGGGAAAUGCCCGGUUUCCCAAGGGGGAUUCGGUGGGGGAGGUUAUGCUUUAAAGGCUGGUGGUGGAGGGGGCGGGUACUCCGGUGGGGGAGUUUUAAGUAGCCCCAACAUUAGGGUGGCAGGGGGAGGGGGUUCGUAUAAUAGCGGCAAAAAUCAACAGAACAUGGCGGGUGUCAACAAAGGUGACGGUAAAGUGAUCAUUACAUUACAGAAUUGACGCAAAACUACAACUGUGAUAAGCGCUGAGUUGUGCGGUAAACUUUGUGUAACUUGAAAUUGAUCACGACACAUGGCUUUGAAAUAGAGAUCGUUUAGCUGUGAGCAAUACUACUCCAACCUGAUGAGUAAGCGAACUACAGUUUUCCACCUUUUUCAGUUCAUUCUCCUCCCUAGAGGUGGUAGUUUCUCGUUAGACUGGAGGUUCUUCAUAAAGGACGGAGGGCUUGGUAGACAAAAAUGUAUCAUUCCUUUGCUUCCUUAGCUGUCAUGUGUAAUGCGGCAAAGUUGCAUGCUUUCGAUAUAAAUUCGAACAAUUCAGUGUUUUGUUAUUUCUUGGUCGAUAACAGCUGAAAUAUUGUAGAGCGGCAAGAUUUGGUGAUUUUUGUGAAAUUUUUCCAUAAAAAAUCACAAAUUAUAGUGAUAAUAAUAAUGAUAAUCAUAAUAAAUAAAAACGAUACCUCUAAUUAUAUGUGUACAUGAAAGCGAACUCCAAAUGGUUGAUUUUCAUGCUAUCAAUUAAGCUGUGCAAUUUUAGAGUACUGAUGAGCUUAUUUAGGAAGUAAAUAAACACGUAUCACCUCUCAAAAUGUAAUCGUA